UGUCCCUGAGCGAUCAGACGGGCUGUGAGCCGCGCUGGGUGUGGGCGCUGUCUGUUGGGAGAGGCGCUAGGCUUUGAGUUCAGAUUCAUCCUCGUGCAGUCCCCGUGCCCCCCCCGGGUUGGGACAGCACCUGGCGCCCGGGACAACAGGCAGCCACCGAGCGAGCCGGGCACCAUGUCGCCUCUCCGCGCUGUUCUGUUCUCCCUGCUCUUCAUCGCCUCCUCGCUGGCCCAGGACGUGCAGGGCACCACAGACGGCUCCAGGAUGCUGCAGCCCUGGCUGGUGGGGCUGACGGCCGUCGUGGUCUUCCUCUUCAUCGUCGUCGUGCUGAUGAUCAUCAACAGAGUCUGGUGCUACAAGAAGCGCAGGAAUGAGGAGGAGCCGCUGGGAGAACCUGCCCAAUCCAGCAAUACGGUCUCCAACUUCUACAACAACCUAGCGCUGGAGGAGGACAGCGAGGAGGAGCAGAAGGGGAAGAAGGAGAAUAAAACGACCUCCCUGUGAGGAGCCUGCGAGCCCAGCGGGAUGGGAGACCACGGAACUGCUGCCGCCACCAUCACGGUGCCCCCCUGCGCUGCCCAGCACACAAAUCAACUCGCUGCUUUCCUGCGUCUCUGCCCAGCUCCGCCCGGCCCCUCCCUGGCCCAGCACGAAAGAGCAGCUGGCCUGACCCACCCAGCAACCUUCCCUGGGCCAGGCAGGCCUCUCCUGCGUGCUGCUAUGCAGGGCCCAGGGGUGCAGCGGGCACGGACGCCCCCUCACUACCCUGUGCAGGACAGGCCCCCUCUUCCCUUCCCUGGUCGUUUGGCCUUGGUGGAGCAGGCAGCCAGAGCCAGUCCCUGGAGGGGAUUCUCCCCAAAGCCCCCCGCCAGCACCGCAGCGCCCCCUGCAGGGGGGUCCAGGUUGGGCCUUGCGCGGGCUGAGCAUGUGGUGCAGGAGCCCGUGGACUGCAGUGGGGAGGGAGCAGAAUAAUCUCCCUGCGUCUCUGAGCCCGGCUGGGCCACGGGCGCCGGUGCCAUGCGCUGCCCCCUGCACUGCCCAGCUGGGCUGAAAAGUUUAUAGCGCUGAUUGGUGCCACCUGCUGGCAAGACUGUGCCAUGACAGCUAGGAGGGAAAGCGGAGAAAUGACGGAAGGAACAGGCGGCGAGCAGUUUAUGGACUGUUGGCCGGGACCCACGUGUUCUGAGGCUGCAGACUUCCCCCUUCCCUCCCGACGCGGCAGAAUUGAGCUCCAGAAUCUGCACUUGCAUUUACACGAAUAACAAGGGUAAUAAAGGUUUGUGGCCCUUGCGGUUGUGAAGAAGA